AUGCACAAAGUUUUGAAACGGAUUAUCCUAGACCGACUUAUUAAACAUCGCGAUGAAACAACGUGCGAUGAGCAAGCUGCCUUACGCCCUGGCCGAUCUACAAUUGAGCAGGUGGUGACUGGAGUAAGAGAAGCGGCAGUGGCAGGGCGUUUGCUGUUCAACUUCGUUAUCGAUGACAUCAUGCGAAGAACAGUCUAUCAGUGUCCUGCCUACAUCGUCUUAGCACCAUCAGAGUGCCCCUUUACUGAUCUCGAAUACACCGACGAUGUUGGUAUAUUCGUGGAAAGCAGUACAAAACUUCAACAUGUUGUCAACUUUAUGUCGAAGCUGGCUGCAGCUUAUGGACCACGUCUACGCUCUAAUAAAUGCAAGCAGAUGUGGGUCUCUUCGAGACCCCGAACGGGAAUCAGGGUGGAAGGACAACCGAUCGAACUGAACCCUGAAACCUGUUACCUGGGCUGCACGCUGAAAAACAACGGCAGCUACGAGAAAGAUAUUCAGUAA